AGCGCGUCUGACGUUGAACGAAUACAGGAAGUGUGUGUCAGUGUGAGACUGCAGUUUAUUUGUCGCUUGAGCUGUUGGGGAAAAGAAAAAAGAUGGUGGACUCACAGUACUACCUCCCAAAUGAUAUUGGUGUAUCUGUGCUCGACUGCAGUGAAGCCUUCCGUUUGCUUUCACCACAGGAGAAGUUGUAUGCACACUACCUGUCACGGGCUGCCUGGUAUGGUGGUUUGGCAGUGCUACUGCAGACUUCACCAGAGUCGGCAAACAUCUUUGUCUUGCUACAGAGAAUCUUCAGAAAGCAGUCGCCUGCACAACUGGAACAAGUUGCCACAGCAGCUGGACUCAGCUCUGAGGAAUACCAGGCUUUCUUGGUCUAUGCAGCUGGGCUGUAUGCCAACAUGGGAAACUACAAGUCUUUUGGAGACACUAAGUUUAUCCCAAAUCUACCUCAGGAAAAGCUGAAAGCUGUAGUGUGGGCCAGUCAGGCUUUUCAGGAGGAUCCCACUGAGAUUGAAGCUCUGUGGAACAGCUGUUCACACCUGCUUUAUUCCCUGGGAGAUAAAGAGAAACAGCUGGGUCUGGGCGACAAGGGCAUUACAACGUACUUUUCAGGAAACUGCUGUUUGGAGGAUGCUGAACUGGCUCAGAAGUUCCUUGACUCGCAGAAACUGUCUGCAUACAACACCCGUCUGUUUAAGAGUGACAGUGGAGGGAAAGCCUGCUAUGAGGUGCGCUUGGCAUCAGCUGUGCAGAAAGACUGUGCAGCAGAGGGAGAGGACAAGUCCAGGUGUGGCAGGUUCAGUUUUGAAGACAAAGAGUUCACUGUGACAAGGGGAGAUUAUGCUCCUCUCAUGGAGAACGUUUGCCAUUACCUCAAUCAAGCAAAGGCUUACGCUGCCAACGACAACCAGGAAAAAAUGAUUGAAGAGUACAAACGUAGUUUCACCCUCGGUUCUGUUGAUGCCCACAAAGAGGGUUCACGCUAUUGGAUCAAGGACAAGGGACCAAUUGUUGAGAGUUACAUAGGUUUCAUAGAGAGUUACAGAGACCCCUUUGGCUCCAGAGGAGAGUUUGAAGGUUUUGUUGCAAUUGUGAACAAAGCAAUGAGUGAGCGUUUUGCGAAGUUGGUGAGCUCAGCAGAAGUCUUGCUUCCUGAACUACCUUGGCCUAAAGAGUUUGAAAAGGACACUUUCCUGAAACCGGAUUUCACCUCCCUGGACGUUCUUACCUUUGCUGGAAGUGGAAUACCAGCUGGCAUCAACAUCCCCAAUUAUGAUGACAUCAGACAGUCAGAGGGUUUUAAAAAUGUCUCACUGGGCAAUGUGCUAACUGUAGCCUAUACAACAAAAAAGGAAAAACUCACCUUUCUGGAAGAAGAGGACAAGGAUCUGUUCAUAAAGUGGAAGGACUCGUCGUUUGAGGUUCAGGUUGGACUACAUGAGUUGUUGGGCCAUGGUAGCGGCAAGUUGUUCAUAAAGGAUGACAAGGGCAAGUUCAACUUUGACCAGAACAAGGUGGUUAAUCCUGAGACUGGAGAAAAGGUGUCAAGUUGGUAUGAGAGCAGCGAGACGUGGGACAGUAAAUUCUCCACCAUUGCUUCAACCUAUGAAGAAUGCCGUGCAGAAUGUGUUGGCCUGUACCUCUGUCUGAACAACCAGGUACUCAGUGUUUUUGGCCAUGAUGGUCAGGAGGCAGAGGAGGUGGUGUAUGUGAACUGGCUCAGUAUGGUCAGAGCUGGACUGCUGGGCCUGGAAUUUUACACACCCGAGAACAAGAGCUGGAGACAGGCCCACAUGCAGGCUCGUUUCGUGAUACUACGUGUGCUUCUGGAUGCUGGGGAGGGCCUGGUGACCCUGAAAGAAGUAACAGGACAGGAUGGCAAGCCUGAUGCUCGAAUAACACUGAACCGAAGCAAGAUACGCACUGUUGGCAAAAAUGCCAUCCACAAGUUUCUUUGUAAAUUGCAGGUCUUCAAAUCAACAGCAGAUGUGGAAGGAGGCAGGGCUCUCUAUGAUGAACACUCCACAGUCAGUGACAGCGGUGCGCACAACUUCCUGCGUCUCCGUGAGACAGUACUGCUGAGAAAAGAAGAGCGCAAGCUGUUUGUCCAGGCCAACACGAAAGUCACUGGGGACAGUGUGGAGCUAGUGGAGUACGAAGGCAGUGCAGCGGGUUUGAUUUGUUCCUUCACCGAGCGCUUCCAAGAUGAUGCAGAACAGCUCGAGAACAACCUUCUGCAGCUGAGUAAAAAGGAUGCCCCCUGCUGGUGUUAAUGGACAGUUGCUGUCUUUGAAAAUGCCAAUGGAAAUGUGGUUUUUGAUA